AUGUUGAAUAUUGAUGAUUAUGUGAAAUUAUGUGUCUAUCAAGGUUUUGAACUACUGAUUCAACUGUAUGAGAUCCUACUGAGAACUCUUGGUGUAUUGGGAGCACGAUUCAGCGGUGUCGGGUUUAGAGGAUACCGCAUUGCACUUGUCCUACUGAGAACUCUUGGUGUAUUGGGAGCACGAUUCAGCGGUGUCGGGUUUAGAGGAUACUGCAUUGCACUUGUGGAGGAGAUCCUUGCUACUAAAGCUGCAUCAUUUAUCAGGACAAAAUAUCUCAAGGUCCAGCCUGAGUUAGCUAGUCGCAUAAGCACAGAUACUACAGUUUUAGUAUGUGGUUAUGGUGAUUGUGCACGUGUAAUUUAA